GUGUUCCCAAAAUAAUCGUCCGACUCAUUCAUUCCCCGCGUUCUUCUCUUCCUCUUUUGCGUCAUUGUACGGUGGGGAGACGGGACACCAGGGCAGGACGCAUUCGUCUGACGAACAAGUCUGCGACGACGGCCUUUUACAGAACUCGAGGUGCCAUUUGAACGAAACCCACCGUCCAGCCAUGUCUAUCAAGUCGACUUCCAUGUCUCUGAGCAAAGAGAUGUCCAUUGAGGAGUCGUACAGCAAGACGUCGUCCUCCGUCGUAAGCAGCAGCACCAUGGAGAGCUCGCUGGAGAGCAGCAGCCUCCUGUCCUCCACCAAGAUGGGGGACACUAAGGCCCUCAUGUCCUCCCUGGCGGGAGACUUGGACACUCAGCUGGCAAUUACGGGAGACAAGUCCCUCUCAAAAGCCAUGAAAAUGUCAUCUCUGGAUAAGAGCUCAUCCAUGCUCCAGAGCGAAGACAGUUUCAGCAUGAGCAAGUCGGAGGUGUCCUCCUCGGUUGAAAUUCAGGAGAGCAGCCAGAAGACGUCCAUGAUGUCCUCCAAAGAAGAAGUCUCCAUGAGCAAGAGUGAGACCAGCUCAGAGACGGUGUCCAAGUCUCUGGUCAAGGCCGAGUCGGUGUCUCAAGAAAUCAGCGAAGAAAAGACUUUGAGCAUUACGCAAGGCUGAAGGACAAGGAAGGUCACCGGAGAGGGAGGACGAUGAGUGACAGGUGGACACGUCCUCGGCUUGAUGUCUCGAUCUCUAACUGCUUGAAAUUGAAUGUGAUUGACCCAAAAUACAAAAUUGGAUUCCGAUAAUGAUUUAAUAAAAUUUUUAUAGAUUUGAA